AUGCUUCCUUACCUCCCCGACGAGAUUCUGAAUGGAAUAUUCAGUCACCUCUUGACACCAAGUCAGAGGCACUACUACUGCCGUAAUGAUCGGCAUGACGAUUGUACUCAAGUCCGUCUUGUGUGCCGCCGAUGGAAUGCCAUCGCUACCAAAGGCCUACUAGGGACCUUGGUGCUCCGACAUAGCGUUGCCACCAUAAAUGACAACUUCGGGUCCUGGAAUAGACUCUUGGACUCGUUAUCGUUCAGAAGCGAUGUCCAACGUGUUGCCAUCGAAACCGCACCCCUGGUCAAAGAUCCAUUUUCGAUUUAUAAUGGUUUAUGCGAAGCGUUCAGAUGGCCCGUAUCGUGGCAUAACUAUAAUGCACAAUGGCCCGAGUUUGAAUCUGCCAUAGACAGAAUCCGUCAUCUCCCCAACCUUGAUGCGAUAGAGUUGCGGUUUACAGCAGACUGUCUCGGUUACCGCGGCGAGAUGGAGCGAAACUGGGAGAUGGCCUAUAUGGGCGUUUCGCUAUCCACGACACCCAUAGAGGAGCCGAUAAUGUCGCGAGAAUAUACACUCGAAGCCCUCAAGAGGGCUAUGCAAGGGCGAAACGGCAACCCUAACUUAAGCAGAGUUCGCGAAGUGGUUCUGGAAAACCUACAGAACAGGCUGUCAGAAUAUGCUAUCCUGCCAGACGUCAUCCAGGACAUUGAGCGCCUGCACAUCAAGAUCACUUCUGAAGGUGAAGGCAGAUUUGCUCGCACCACUGAGAUUCAGCGAAGCUACAGAUAUGAAACUAGAACGUUUCCGUACUAUCUAGAAUACCGUAUCUUAAGCUUUGCGCCAAAUCUUGUCGAGUUGACACUCGCCGGAAAGAACUGGUCUGGUAUCCCUGGAGCAUUCCGCGGCAUGGAUAUUCAUUUCCCGAGGUUAAAGACUCUGACUUUGGGAGGUCUUGACAUUCUGCUUGAGCGGCAUUUCGAUUGGGUGCUGAGACACAAGUCUCUCACAACCCUCCGCCUCCAUCAAUGCACUAUCGCUACGCAUUGCCUUGUACAGCAACCCGAAUUUUCGUUCUGGGGGGUUGAACUUGAUGGCUGGGUGAGAGUACAAGACGACAACCAUGAUACCGAAGGGGAGCAUCGAUUUCAUAUACGCCACAUACCAAGGCCUGAUCACGAUGAGCCAGGUUGGUAUGUUGGUCCGUUGAGGUGGAAUACUUUGUUUGACAGUAUCGGCGAAGAGCUGCCUCUAUUGCAGGACUUUAUCUUUGACGGGGAAAAAUGGGAGACCUACUUCCGACAUGUUGAGGAUCCGUAUUACCUCCUCUCGAUCGACUUUCGAUAUUCGGCGUUUGCACACUGCUGGACUCACCUGGUAUUGUCAUUCGGAGAAAUGCCAGUCUUGCAGUGUCUUGAUGAGUGUCAUUAUGUGCAGGCAGGGAUGCCAGGCACACCAGAAGAGCUAGUUUACCUGACUGAACAGGCCGAUAGCCAAGCAUUGGAGAAGUUACUUCAAACAGUUCAAACCAGGCGACGUGAAAGGUACUAG